AUGUCGGCAACUCAGCUACUGAACCCCAAGGCCGAGUCCCGGCGGAGAGGAGAGGCCCUGAAGGUGAAUAUCGCCGCUGGUGAGGGUCUCCAGGAUGUCCUCAAGUCGAACUUGGGUCCCUCUGGUACCUUGAAGAUGCUGGUGGACGGUUCUGGCGGAAUCAAGUUGACCAAGGAUGGAAAUGUCCUGCUGCGUGAAAUGCAAAUUCAAAACCCCACGGCUGUUAUGAUUGCCCGUGCUGCGACUGCGCAAGACGAUAUCACAGGUGAUGGCACAACGUCCGUUGUCCUCUUGGUGGGAGAGCUCCUGAAGCAGGCGGAUCGGUUCAUUACCGAAGGACUGCAUCCUCGUGUUGUCACCGAUGGAUACGAGAUUGCGAAGAACGAGGCUUUGAAGUUCCUCGACAAGUACAAGCUCGAGCGCACUGUUGACCGUGAGCUCCUCCUCUCUGUUGCUCGCACUUCCCUCUCGACCAAGUUGAACCUCGCUCUCGCCGAGAAGCUCACCCCUGACAUUGUCGAUGCCGUGCUCGCCAUCCACCGUGCCCCCGAGAAGCCCGAUUUGCAUAUGAUUGAAAUUAUGACAAUGCAGCACCGGACCUCAUCCGACACCCAGCUCAUCCGUGGUCUGGCUCUGGAUCACGGUGCUAGACACCCUGACAUGCCCAAGCGCGUGGAGAAUGCUUUCAUCUUGACAUUGAAUGUCAGCCUGGAGUACGAGAAGUCCGAAAUUAACUCCGGCUUCUACUACAGCACUGCUGAACAGAGAGACAAGUUGGUGGAGAGCGAGCGCAAGUUUGUCGAUUCGAAGCUGGCGAAGAUUGUGGAGCUCAAGAAGCUGGUUUGUGGAAACGACCCCAAGAAGGGCUUCGUUGUGAUCAACCAGAAGGGUAUCGACCCUCUCAGCUUGGAUAUCCUUGUUAAGAAUGGCAUCAUGGCCCUCCGCCGCGCCAAGCGAAGAAACAUGGAGCGUCUGCAGCUGGUGUGCGGUGGUGUUGCUCAGAACAGUGUCGAGGACAUGACCCCGGAGGUUCUCGGUUGGGCUGGUCUUGUUUACGAGCACCAGCUUGGUGAGGAGAAAUUCACUUUCGUUGAGGAAGUCAAGGACCCCAAGUCCGUGACUAUUCUCAUCAAGGGUCCUAACGCACACAACAUCGCUCAGGUUAAGGAUGCCGUCCGCGAUGGGCUUCGCUCCGUCUACAAUACCAUUGUUGAUGGAUGUGUCAUUCCUGGUGCUGGUGCGUUCCAGAUCGCCUGUGCUUCCCACUUGAAGUCGGAGAAGUUCCGUGACAGCGUCAAGGGUAAGGCCAAGUUUGGUGUUGAUGCUUUCGCCGACGCGCUUCUCAUCAUUCCCAAGACUCUGGCUGCCAACGCCGGUCAUGAUAUCCAGGACUCUCUGGCCACGAUUCAGGACGAGCGUGCCCAAGGCAAUGACGUUGUCGGCCUGGAUCUGACCACGGGCGAGCCCAUGGAUCCCGUCCAGGAGGGUGUCUUCGACUCUUUCCGUGUUCUCCGGAACUGCAUUGCCUCCAGCACUGGUAUCGCAUCGAACCUGCUUCUCUGUGACGAGCUGCUGAAGGCUCGCCAGAUGAGCAAGGCGAGUGGACCUGGCGGUAUGGAAGAGUAA